GAUUCUUUUGAAGUUUUGAAUCAUAAUCGUGAUUUUCUUUUAACAAGGAAUUAAUAAUCCUUAUCAGUACUUGGUACAGCUUUUAAUGAUCUAAUCUGAUACUCGACGGCUGUCCAAUAUCUAUUUUGUAUUUUCUACUUGAUUGGAUUCUAUUGUAUAGCAUGCAUAUCCAAGAGAAAUUAUGUUGAAAUAAGAAUCUGCAGAAGAUUCUAUACGAUGGGAGCAAACAGCAGCAAAAAAUUGGCUGCAAAAUGUUCAUUCUUGUCCAAAGAUGAGCAGUUGAUUGUAAGCAAUUCCUUCAAGCUUGCCAGCAAGAAUUCGGAAAAAAUCAAAGAAGAGGAACUCACUAAAAUAUGGGGUUCUCAAAUGGAUCCAAGACUUCUUCAGUACCUCAACAACUACUUGUUUGGCAUUGGUGACCAAAAACAAACAACUGUAGAUUUAGAGAGAUUUGCUGAACUCUUUGUCUUUUGCACCAGGGGUACUGUUGAUGAGAAGGUUAAAGUAUUGUUGGUUUCUCUUGGAAAAUCAGAUAGUGAGAGUAAUGAUAUACCAUACACAUUGGUAAAAGAGUAUGUGGAGAGCAUAGUAGCAUCUUACAUGAAAAUCCAAAAACUGAGCAAUACAAAACAAUACAAGAGCUGGUUUUCACGUGGUUGUUUCAUGUUGCCUCUAAAUAUCCAACGCCUAGCCGAAUGUCUCACUUGUGAGUUGGCGACAGGCGAAACCCUGACGAGGCGUUCUCUCGAAGUUUGGUUGCAAGGUUCCACCUUACUCGGGCAAUUGCUACUUUUUGUCUCGAUGUAUCUCUUCAGUAUUAGUCAUAAAGAAAAGGGAGGGAUAGCUAGCAGCGAAAGAAUAGGAACAACUGUGACAACAGACGAACAAAUGGCUAUCAACGAACGAGACAAAGACAGAAACUUAGUACCUUACUGCCGAGGUCUCGACCUCAUACCUUCUUAUCCUAGUAUCUUAGAUCUGAACCAGAUAGCUUUUAUAAACGCACACCUGCCUCAGCAGUACCAACACGAAUGGAGGUUUCUUUUCAGUUCAGAAAUUCACGGUGAAUCGUUUUCAACGUUGAUCGGAAGAAUAGUGAAUCAGGGUCCUUCAGUUUUGGUAUUAGAAGACAAGAAUGGUUAUAUGUUUGGAGGUUUUGCCCCUGCGAAUUGGGAAUUAGGUCCAAAAUUCUUCGGCGAUGACAGUAGCUAUUUGUUUACUUUGGCACCACGAAUGAGAGUGUACCCGUCUACUGGUUACAAUCAACAUUUUCAAUACCUCAACUUACAUCAACAGACUUUACCUAAUGGUUUGGCAAUGGGUGGCCAGCACGGCUACUGGGGCCUCUGGAUAGACAGCGAGUACGGCAAGGGAGAGACCAGCCAGUCGUGCACGACCUACACCGGCUACCAGCAGAUGUCGCACUCGAAAGACUUCUCCUUCAGACACCUGGAGGUGUGGGGGCUGGGGCAGCCGCCUCCGACGCCGCAGGAGAAAGGGGAGCGGACGGGAAUGAGCGUCCUGGACGGCAACACCGAGAGCAAGGUGAUGCUGGAGUUGGUGGGGAAGAAGAUGCACAGUGAGGGGCUUAGGGAGCAGUCGCCGCUGUGAGGAACUUGUUGAACGCCUUAUCUAGUCUAUUCUAUGCAAGAGCACAGAUGAGUGAUAAUUUAUUGAUGCGAAUGCAGAAGGGUGCGUCUGAUGUUGAUUUGACAUAUUGGAACGUAUACCUUCGCAACUUUGAGCUAAUAACUCAUCGUCUCGUGAAUGCUUGAUGCAAUAAAUGAAGUUUUGCUUGAUAUAUCUUGUCAGUUCUACAGGACGUGCCAUCAUUCGAAUCGCCACCAAACCAGACUGUCAACUCUCGAAAAACUAUCACAAGCGUCUAGCUAUACCAGUGAAUCUUUGAAACAUCGAAGUCAAAUGACGUCACCCACAACACAUAAUAUUUCUAUGAGUAAAGCGAGUAGUUUUUAAAGAAUAUACUUUUCAGGAAUAAGGUUUAUUUAGAAAAAGUUAGGUUGAAAGUUGUUUUUUUUUCACGAAGAAAAGAUAUUUUCCUUCUUCAUAUUACCUUAUAACCUUCUGAUAACCUUGAGGUUCCAAAGAUUCGCUAGUAUUUGGUAUUCCAGAACCCGUGACCUAAAAUGUACUGUCCUCGCCUCACUUCCGUCUGUACUUCAAACGUCAAAAAUGUACUUCUUCUCCUUACACGCUUCUUAAGUUUCUGACUCUUCGUCACUGAUUGUGCUUUGAUUUUGAUAUCGAUAUCAUUGUAAUUUUCAUCAUGAAUUAAAGUGAAUAUUCAUUG